AUGAAGGAGCUUCUAUGCACCCUUGUGAUGAUACAUACUGUGGCCCUUUCCCAGAAUCUGAGCCAGAAGUGAAGGCUGUAGCUAACUUCCUCCGAAAACACAGAAAGCACAUUAGGGCUUACCUCUCCUUUCAUGCAUAUGCUCAAAUGUUGCUGUAUCCCUAUUCUUACAAAUAUGCAACAAUCCCCAAUUUUAACUGUGUGGAAUCCGCAGCUUACAAAGCUGUGAAUGCACUUCAGUCGGUGUACGGGAUACGGUAUAGAUAUGGACCUGCCUCCAGAACGUUGUAUGUGAGCUCUGGCAGCUCAAUGGAUUGGGCCUACAAAAAUGGAAUACCCUAUGCCUUUGCUUUUGAACUACGUGACACUGGACACUUUGGAUUUUUACUCCCUGAGAUGCUCAUCAAACCCACCUGUACAGAGACCAUGUUGGCUGUGAAGAAUAUCACAAUGCACCUGCUAAAGAAGUGUCCCUGAGAGGGCCCAAGGGCCAAGUCAGCCACCAGAAAGAGAGAGCUGAUUCUGAGCAAGGGCUAGUUGGCACUGGGUAGAAAUUGUUUUUAAAGUGAAGGGCAACUGCUUAGAAUGAACAUAUCAAUGACUUUAAAAGGACCUUCUCAUGCAAUUCAACUCUUUAUGACAAUGGAAGACAGUAAAAAUAAGGGCAUAGCCUAGUUUGUUAUAAAAGGAUGCAUCCAUUUUAUAUCCCUUUAGAGUCUUGUUUGAUUUCUAGGGAGAAGAGAUGUUUACAAAUUCCUUUGUCUCAAGACAUGUGCAAAUUAAUUAAGGAUUUCUCUUCAAUAAACCUCAUGUUCUCAGUUA